AUGGAAGACGUUUGGGAUUUUGAUACUAUUGAUGUUGAAGUAGACAAGGAUUUGAAGAAGCAAACCAACAGAUGCAAUGAUGCGUUCUUGAACAACUUGUGUCCCGACAUAGCUGGUGAAGAAGGUGAUGACUUUGCAAUCCCUGAAAUUGAACAUAUCGAUGACGAUGUUGACUUAAAUGAAGAUGAUGUUGUGGAGAAUGAAGAUCAAUUUGACUUAAUGCGAGAAGGAAGUGGGUCUGAUGAAGAAGUAUCAAGUGAAAGCGACCAAGAUUCUAAGCUUGAGUUCGAGUACAGCACCCACGAUCCAACAGUUAAAUGGAACAAGAUGAGACCAUUUCUGGGAGAGAGUCUUAAGCUAGUUGCUGUAUGUGCUAGUGAUCCACAAAAAUUUCAAUGUCCAUUUAAUGUUAGGGCUUCAUGGAUGAACACAGAGAGGUUGUUUCAAAUUAAGAAACUUGUUGACAAACAUAAGUGUGUUAGGAAUGACAGAAAUACCAACCUUAUGGGUCCAACAUGGUUAGGAAACCAGUUUCUGAAAGAACUGAUUAGGAAGCCCAAGUUGAAGUGUAAGGAAAUGCAGGUAAUUAUCCAAAGUAGAUUCCACUGCAAUGUGUCCUGGUCAAAGUGCUAUAGAGCAAAGUGUAGCGCCAUGUCUUUGAUAGAAGGGAGAUUGAGUGACCACUACGCUAAAGUAUGGGAUUAUGGUGGUGAGCUGUUGAGAUCAAAUCCAGGUAGUUCAAUUAAAAUUACUGUCAGUCAAAACCAGGAUAACACAACUACUUUCCAAAGAAUAUAUAUCUGUUUUAAGGCAAUAAAAGAAGGAUGGAAGGUUGGUUGUCGUAGGGUUAUUGGGCUAGAUGGUUCUUUUUUUAAAGGUCAAUGCAAGGGAGAAUUGUUAACUGCUAUAGGGAGAGAUGCAAAUAAUCAAGUGUAUCCCAUUGCCUGGGCUGUAGUUGACAUAGAGAACAAGUUAAUCUAG